AUGGUUAAUCGUCAUAUUAGCUCUGACCUCAAAGAGUGUGCCCUUCGACUCUGGGAUGCUGGAUGGGAUAGAGAGGAUAUCUGUGAUGCUCUGCUCAUCUCUCAGGCUAGUCUCUAUCACUGGCGGGCCAUCUUCCAAACAUUUGGUGUUGUCGCAAAACCACCAUCUCCACUUUGUGGUUGCACCCGUAUCAUCACCCGUGCAGUCCUAGCUGAUUCGGAGGCUAUCUUUAUACACAAUCCUGACACCCACCUUGACGAGCUGAAGUGGUGGCUAGUCAUUCACCAUGAUAUUGUCAUUUCGACAAGUGCUUUGUCUCAGAACCUGCAUAUGGCUGGUCUCACGCGGAAACUCCUGCAGAAGAUUGCAAGUGAGCGAGAUUACAAGCGCACGGCAGAGUGGAAGGAGAUGAUUCAACAGCAGGCGCACUGUGCGUGCUGCUGCCUCCAUAACUCUUCAUCAGGUGAUCGGUAUUCGCUUGUUGCUGCUCUUAUGAAGGGAGGCUGUAUUGCGGCCUCAGUUGUGCCAGGUUCAUUCGACUCAUAUCAGUUCUUUGAUUUUAUAGCUGAAGAAGUUCUUCCUCUCAUGAAUCCCUUUCCUGACACAAGAUCUAUCCUGGUCAUCGAUAAUUGCCAUAUUCACCAUAACGAUGCACUGAGGGAUCUUGUUUGUGCCGCUGGUGAGCAAACUCUCCCUACUGCUUGCACCUGCAAGCUGAUCUCUUCUUAG